AUGCCUAAUGACGAUGACAGUGAACCAUCUGCUCGGUUCAAGGAUUUUGACGACGCCAGCACUAUCAGCGGCGCCGAUCUUCUUGAGCACAAGGAAAAUGGCGACGGACGGGUCGUCAAGAGAGACUACCUUCGACCUCAGAUGCGAGACUUCGCCGACUGGGCAUUCGGACCUGGAGGGAUCGCCACGCAAGGGGCGGGCAACGGCUUCCGGAUUCUGAACAGGAGGGAUUACAGACAGCAGAUGCAACCCAACAACCUGGGCGACGCUGACAGAACACAGACGAGUCCCAAGAGCAGGACACAUGCAAUUGGGCCCAGCGUAUCGGACUGGACCCACCAACCAAGCAUCCCGCUCACGACAGAGCCUCAAUUUGCGCCGAUCGAGAUCCUCCUUCCAUCUCACAUGCAGCAGAUCUACAGAUUACAUCCAUGCAAGAGCAAGGAAAUGUCCGCGGCCACCAACGAGAAAAGGGGGGGCAACGCGCGAAGAUUUGUGGCUUAUGUCGUGUAA